AUGAGGCAGCCUGGUGUAGCACAUUCAGUCAGCUGGGUUCCAGGUAGAGUAACAUUUGUGGCGAGCAACUAUGAUCACCAACGUAUUCUGAUACGGUGCUUACAGGAGAUCAAUCAACCGAGAGCCGGCAAAAUUAAACAGAAGGAUGCCAACCGAAUACUUCCAGGUGGUGUGCCGAGUUUUGGAAAUCCAAACUUGGCGUUUGUUGAUGUUGAACUGAUGUCCAUCCGAUUGCCCGAACCUGACCUCUGUGCACAAGAGCAAGUCGUUCGGACACUCAAAUUGACCCGAAUCGCCGCUCUGCGGUAUCCGAAUUAUCAGGAAGAUCAGAUUCCUGAAAGCAACCAGUGA